AUGUUGACCCAAAUCAUCUUGAAUUCAUCCAAACCUUCGAAACAAAUUCCUCCCGGAAAGGUUCACACAAAAAAAUCAGGUGUUAAACGAUUCAUCAAGAAGUUAUUUAAGAGGUCAAUUUGUUUGGCUUCGAAGGAUGGUAAAGAAGAGGUGUUCAAGAAAGUGAUCAUCAUAAUUGACCCAAAGGAUCUGAAUUCUGAUGUUUCGCUUGUGAGAGAAUCGUCGUCCGAGAAGAUACAAGAGAAAUCCGAGAAGACGCAAGAGAAAUUAGAGGUGCAAGAGAAAUCAGAAAAGAUACAAGAGAAAUCAGAGAAGACACAAGAGAAAUCAGAGAAGACGCAAGAGAAAUCAGAAAAGUCACAAGAGGAAUCCGAGAAAACACAAGAGGAACCAGAGAAGACGCAGGAGAAAUCAGAAAAGACCCAAGAGAAGUCUGAGAAGACGCAAGAGAAAUCUUCGGAAAAGGAGUCGAAAUAUCAAGUUUCAAUGGAGAGAACGCAAUUGUUCUUGGAAAAGUCAUCCGAAAGAGAAUCAAAUUAUCAAGUAUCGAUGGAGAGAACUCAGUUUGUAUAUGAAAAAACGCAUCUGAUAUUCGAGAAAACAUACGAGAACAAAGACUCCGAGAAAAAGCAUGAGCGUCAUAAUAAGCGAGAAACUCAUAAUUUUCGACGUAGACCUUCUCUCAAUCGCCGACGUGCCUCUAUAACCCGUUUUGACUCACCCCGCACACGCCACCCGAUGACCCGACCGCCAAAACACCCAGCCAGGUAUCUUGCCAAGCUUCCUGUGAUGAACGAACCACUAAACAUUGCUACAAAUUCCUCCAAGACCGGGGAGCGUCCCGUAUCAUUUUCCUGUCCACUAAAAUUCCUUAAAUUCAAAGUCUACUUUAACUUCGAGAAUCCGGAUUACUGCAUAGAUGUCAAAGUACCGUGCGGCGUCACCUUGGAUUCGUUCAAGCAUUACGUGGCACAAAAUUAUGGUCAUGAGUUGAACGAGAAGUGCAAGGUGUUGUAUCACCCGCACCAAUUUGAUCCAAAAAGAGAUUUAGUGGACGUAUUAUCGGAAAAGAAUUUUAAGAGUUCGAAUAAAAAGAACAGCAUCGUGGGUACAGAUCUUGGAGGAAAUAUUGUUUUGUCCGGCGGUAAAAUAAAGGGUGAUGGUGUUAAGUAUAAAUACUCAAAGGAAAAUAUUCAUUUUGUGGACAGUGAGUUAGAGUGGCAAGUGUUAUCAAGUGCUUUUUGCGUUGACGAAGACGUUUAUGUUUCAAUAUAUUAUGGGGAUAUAUAG